AUGAUCAUCGGUGGAGUCAAUGUUGCUUCCAUCAAUAGUGUGAAGUUUACCAGAACCCACAAGCUCAAACAGUCGAUCACCCACAAACGAUAUGAUGAACUCGAAGAAAGUAUCAUCUUUGAUAAGUCAGAUACCAAUGGUUUGGUUUUGCCUCACUAUGAUGCUCUUGUUAUCACUUUACAAAUUUUAGAUAUCGACGUGAGGCGCAUUAUGGUGGACGAUGGGAGCGGCGCAUGCAUUAUCCACUCUCGAGUACUUGCACAAAUGAAACUCGAGGAUAAGAUAGUGUCGUGCUGCAUCACACAAACGGGUUUUAACAAUGCAGUUGAGCAAACAUCCGGUGAGAUCACACUCACCGUCCUAGCCGGUGGAGUCACCAUGGAAACCACAUUCCAUAUCAUGGACCAAGACACAAUGUACAACACCAUAAUAGGGCAACCAUGGAUACACACCAUGAGAGACAUCCCCUCCAACUUUUACCAUGUCAUCAAAUUCCCAACUCCAUGGGGAAUAUUCAGUAUACCAAGGAAACAAUGCACAUCCCAGGAAUGCUACUACAUCGCCCUAGACUGUACAACCAUCCAACAAACAAAGGACAAAGAAAAAGAGGCAUAG